GGUGCUGCGCUGUGAUUGGUGAAAAGACGCCCGUCUCGCUCGUACUGAGCGCGCGAAUGCACCCAUAUCUGUGAGAGUCGGCUGCUAGUUAGCUAGUUGUUAGCCUAUCGUUGUGCCUGUAGUGGGUUCUGCAGGCACACCGGAGGGCUAGUUUCUACGGGGCUCAUUGGGUUCUACAGCUUGAAGAAACCGUAGGUUUGAGUAUUCUGUCAGCAACGUGAGAACCACACAAUGGCAGACAAAGAAGCUGGUGCUUUUGACGAUGCAGUGGAGGAGAGGGUCAUCAAUGAAGAGUAUAAGAUCUGGAAGAAAAACACCCCCUUUUUAUAUGACCUGGUUAUGACCCAUGCCUUAGAGUGGCCCAGCCUCACUGCUCAGUGGCUACCCGAUGUCUCAAGGCCAGAGGGGAAGGACUACAGUGUUCACCGCCUUGUUUUGGGCACUCACACUUCUGAUGAGCAGAAUCACCUGGUUAUUGCUAGUGUGCAGCUGCCCAAUGAUGAUGCCCAGUUUGACGCCUCACAAUAUGACAGUGAAAAAGGAGAGUUUGGAGGCUUUGGCUCAGUCAGCGGCAAGAUCGAGAUUGAGAUCAAGAUCAAUCAUGAAGGAGAAGUGAACCGUGCCCGCUAUAUGCCCCAGAAUCCGUGCAUCAUUGCCACUAAGACCCCCACCUCAGAUGUGCUUGUGUUUGAUUACACCAAGCAUCCCUCAAAGCCAGAUGCUUCAGGAGAGUGUCGCCCUGAUCUGCGUCUCAGAGGCCACCAGAAAGAAGGCUACGGUCUGUCCUGGAAUGCAAACCUGUCAGGCUGCCUCCUUAGUGCGUCAGAUGAUCAUACCAUAUGUCUCUGGGACAUCAGUGCCGUGCCAAAAGAGGGCAAGAUAGUAGAUGCAAAGACAAUCUUCACUGGUCAUACUGCUGUGGUGGAAGACGUCUCCUGGCACCUGCUUCACGAGUCACUCUUUGGUUCUGUAGCAGAUGAUCAGAUGCUUAUGAUCUGGGACACUCGUUCAAACAAUACCUCCAAAGCCAGCCAUGCAGUAGAUGCCCACACAGCAGAGGUCAACUGUUUGUCAUUUAACCCUUACAGUGAAUUCAUCCUUGCCACCGGCUCAGCAGACAAGACUGUGGCUCUCUGGGACCUGAGAAACCUGAAGCUAAAGCUGCAUUCCUUCGAGUCACACAAGGAUGAGAUCUUCCAGGUUCAGUGGUCACCUCAUAAUGAAACCAUAUUAGCAUCCAGUGGAACUGACCGCCGCCUCAACGUCUGGGAUCUCAGUAAAAUUGGAGAGGAGCAGUCUCCAGAAGAUGCAGAGGACGGCCCGCCUGAGCUACUGUUUAUCCAUGGAGGACAUACAGCCAAGAUUUCUGACUUCUCCUGGAACCCCAAUGAACCUUGGGUCAUCUGUUCUGUGUCUGAGGACAACAUCAUGCAAGUGUGGCAAAUGGCUGAGAACAUCUACAAUGAUGAAGAACCUGAGAAUACAACGGAAAGUGAAGCCACCGUGUAACACCUCCCCCUGCUGUGUGCAUUCACGUACAGCCUCAUCAAAAUGCAGCUGCUUCUGCCAUCCUGCUCUGCCUCCAGAGGGGACACUGUGUGCUGCAGAUGACUAAAUACUAGAAAGAGAGUAUUUGAGUGUAGCUGCUUUGUUUUGGAACACUGAAAGUGACUCGUUUUAGUAACUUGCUGCCUGAAGAAUUUCACCCUAUUUGGUUUUUUUUUUUUUUCCCAGUGCACUUAUAUAUAAUCUAUAUUUUUGUAAUCCGACUGUCUCUUCCGUGUACAUUGCUGUAUUUUAAACAAUGCUUUUUUUUCCCCCAAUAAAGUGUUAUUAUACAAUCUAA